UGUAGGUAACAACGCGCUCCCAUUUCUGAGGCGACCCGAAUCCUCGCUCCCCAUCUCUCCCCAUCCCCUAUAUAGCAUAGGAGUAGAAGGGGGGGUUAUUCAUGCCCACAGACAGAUGGGCAGACCUGGAUCUCUGCAAGGCUUGGUAUGAAGAAGUUUAACGUGGGAGGAGGAAUCAGGAAUGAAGAGAGGUGAUUUGGGUGGAGGAGCUGCAGAAGGGGUGCAGGUUCAUGGAAGGAGGCAAAGCCUCAAAAUAUAGGAAAAUAAGGCUUAAGUUGCAGAGAGUUGGAAGCCUUAAAUCUGGUAAGUUCAUUUAUCUCUCACCAAACCAUGGGGGCUGCGGCGGCAUGGGCUGCAUACACACUACGCCAGGCAUAGGCAACCUCGGCCCUCCAGAUGUUUUGGGACUACAACUCCCAUGAUCCCUAUCUAAUAGGACCAGUGAUCAGGGAUGAUGGGAAUUGUAGUCCCAAAACAUCUGUGGGGCCGAGGUUACCUAUGCCUGCACUACGCCUUUAAAGCAAAUUCCACCACUCCAGAGAAUCCUGAGAAGUGUAGUUAACCCCUCAGAGAUAUUCAAUUAUCAAUACCCUUAACAGUCCCCAGGAUUCUUAUAGGGAGGAACUUUGAAUGUGAUUUACCAUAAAUAUAUGAUAUGUUCACAACCUGGGUAGAUCAGAUGAUGACGGCAGAAGAGGAUACCAUGUGGCACUGGUGUUUUUGCUUGGGAAAUGAAUGCUGGUAGUUCAGAUGGAAAAAACAGCAAAGGUUGGCUGGUGGCACCUUAAAGACAAACAACUUUCAUGGGCUACAGGUGAAUUCAUCAGAUCAAAAGCUGAUAAAUGCUUCUGCAACGGUAAAGCUGUUAGUUUUUAAAGUACUGCAGGAGCCUUUGCCUCUUGCAGUGCAAACAACAGGCAGAGCUAUUUUUUCUGGAAGUUCUUACUAUCCAGACAAAAAGGCAUUCUAAAAGAAAGGGACUAUCUGUAUCUUGGGAAACCUAUAAAACCAAGGCUUUAAAAACAUCAGGGUAAUUAAAGUAGAAGCAGGGCAGCUGAAAUUUGCUUAAAAGACUUGAGGCAUAGGAGUGCCUUGCACUGUGACCUUUCAGUACUAGAGCUUUGUUUGUUUGUUUAUAGCCUAACUUGAAACUUGUGAAGGGAUAUUUAGAAAUUAUUUACUCUACCCCUUCACCAGAAGGUUGCAAGACAGUUUACAGCAUAACAACUAUGCAACACACAAACUUAAAAGGAUAAUGGAGCUGAGGCAUGGAGGAUUCUGCCUUGACACAGUUGAUUGAUUUAUGACCUCCUGGUCUUUCCCUAUCCUGUGAUUCUUUAAUUCUUGCACAGUAAUGCCAUUCACAUCUAUGUUUUGAGAUUGAGCAUGUCAGCAGCAUGGUUCAUACCUAAAAAUGGGCAGCCUAAAAUAGACUAGAGCGAAGAGAGCAGGAAUGGAAACAUAGGUGGAUUUGGGAAGAUUUAGUGGAAGUACAGUUAAGACAGAAUUCAGGAAGUUCAGGAGAAGCUCUUCUCAAAAACACGGAUCUCAAAUCCUAUGAGCCACUGGGAAAGAAAGUAGUCUGGAAACUUAGGCUUCAGUACAAAGUGAAGUAGACCAGAGGAAGGCUCUGCUGUAUCUAGCUUGUAAACUGAGGUACAAGAAAAAUUGCUGAUAACAAAAUACUGAGAAUACUGAGUCAUCCAGAAAAUGGGGAGAGACUAGUUUUGACAUCAACUCUUUUAUAGACUGCUCUAGUAAUGUAAAAUGCUGCCAUUUAUAGAACUCCACUUCAGUCUUAUGAGGUACAAAUACAUGUAAAUCACAAACCAAUGACAUAAAGUAGGUCUGUACAACUGUGUCCCAGCAAGCUAAGAACAGGCCAGCAACUAUGUACUGUACUGUGAACUGCUGGGUACUUGGCCAUCCCCCCAAUUAUAUAUUUUUUUAUUAUAGGUGGCAAACAACACAAAGGAAGCUACCCUCCAGUAGCUUCAGGGCCAAUCUGCCCAUGAGGCAGUUUUCUCAGGGUGGCAAACUCCAGUUGCUGCCUCCUUCCCUUUGUGCCUGCUGCUGCACACCCACCCAGUGGCACAGGGUGACAGUGGGUACUCAGGUGGGUUACAACAGGCAUGCAGUGGAGAAGGUGAAGGUGGCAGCAUUUUCUGUUUUGCCUCUAGUGGCAAAAUGUCCUGGGCUGUCCCUGGAUGGGAGUCAUUUGGCUUGGUGAGUUGUAAGUUGGCAAAACAUGAGGCAACUAUACAUGUUAUAUACAUGUUAAAGGGUCCAUCCCAUCAGCUUUUAUUUAUACGAUGAUUAGCCAGCAAUCUUAGCUUGCUAUUGGACUGAGAGGGAUGAACCCAGGCAUGGAGGUAUCCCUUAGUAGCUCCUGUUCCUCAGUUUUCUCAAAUCAGCACUUGGGAUGAAGAGUGCUGCUGUGCUCACCUGGGAAAUACGAGGGCCAAGAUGAUAUUGAGAGUUCAAGGAAUAGGGUGAAGUUUGUGGUAUGAAGGAUACAUUGAUGGCGUGUCAUUCAUGCAUCUUGUACCCACACUGCUAAAUUUGGGAACCCCAGCCACAAUACAUUUAAGGGGAGUGCUUGCCUGCUGCAAUUGGUGCUCUAGUGAACAUUUCCCAGCAAGAUCACAUCCUGCCGUGCACUUUUCGUUCCUCAUCUUCAUAUUGCAAACGGAUUCAUGCCCUCUGGCCCAUUAGUGAGUACCCACACCAGCUGUAUCUAUUGCCAGCUAUGAAGUCAUGCUUUUUGGCCUUGCCAAGAAGAACUUUGGGGUUGGACAUCUGAGUGCAGCCAGCAACUGCAUUUGGGUGAGCUGGAGAUUUUGGGUACAUUAAGAAUGCUGUCUGCAGCUGCAAGAACUUAUUUCUAAUUUGUUUGAUAGCCUCAUUUGAGGAUAUUUGCCAACAUUGACUCAUCCUUGUGGAUAGGCUUGGAACACACUUUAAAUGGAUUUUGCAUCAUGUUGCCUCAGCUUGCUGCAUUCUUUCUUGUCUGGCAUGAUUUUGGGCAAGUGCCAUCUUAGUUCCAUCACAGUUAUUGGGGACAAUAGGGGGGUGGUAUCUUUCUUUGUGCCACUGAAUGUCAUGGCAGUUGUACACAGAGGCCUCAUCAGUUUUCUAAAUUGGGUACAAAGCUCUGUUUUCCUUAAGCCUUUUCUAUAGCUGGAAGGGAUAUUCCUGGUUGUCAAAAUCUAAUACAGCCCCCAUCCAUAAAACAGAAUAUCUAAAUCUUCAAGGAUCUCAAUAUCUGCCCUACCAAGACAGAUUAUUAUCUAAUAACCUGCUUGUAUGGAGCUAGGAGAAAAUAUUCUAAUUUAUGGUUAAAUAUGGAUUGUCUGUUCUUGGAUAUAAUUUUAUACCCUUUUUUUUGGAACUGAUCAGCCAUUUUCUUUUAUGAGAAAGGCUUGGGUUUGGAUUAUUGUAUGUUUUCCCCAAUAUAUAAAAUAAUGAAGAAAGCAGCAAAUGAACAUAAACAGACCAUGCUUGGUAGACCCAAACCACAGGUACAGCUAGAGUGUUUUGAUAUUACACAGUUGUUUGUAGUGGUGGAGGUGGUGUUUUUAACUUCUGGUUUGGGUUGAUGUCGGAGCUAAGAUGCCAGACAGUGGGAUAAUAGGUUUUGGGUUACUGGCAUACAAGCUGCUGGGGUCAGAUAAGACAUGGUUGCCAUCCAGUGUGGUGCAUGUUUAUUUAUUUGUUUAUUUUCCAUUUAGAAACACAUAAAGUAUUUGAGUGUGAGAUGAUCAAACUCAAUAUUUUAGCCACAAAGAAUGUGAUUUUACCAUCUUCACAGCCAUUCAAUACAGCAUUUUGUAUUGCUGUAUUAUGGCACUAAUUUAAGUGCUUAUAAAGAAGCAACAUGUUGCAGAUGCUGUCUAAUUCUGCUUCUUAUGACAGAAUCCCAUUCAUGCAGGUAACAUUGUCUCUGAAGCCCCCUAAUUGCCUUGCAGGUGAUUGAUGUGGAUGAUUAUGCAAGACGGUGGGCUUAGUGUCAGGUUUACAAUCGUCACCAAGACAGAAAUGUUUAUUCCUUUUUCACCACCGCCCACUAUUAAAUGUGCCAGCAUCUUAUUAUGGCCUUAUUUUGUCCUCAGAAGGUUUCCCUCCUUUAAAACGCAAGCUCUGCCGUGUGUCAGAAAUUACAAGUUUUUUUAAUGGCCUUUCUCUCUUUUGGUUACAGUAUCUGAAGACGUGUGCAUGCACACGAAAGCUCAUACCAAUGACAAACUCCGUUGGUCUCUAAGGUGCUAGUGGAAAGAAUUUUUAAAUUUUGCUUCUCUCUUUUAAUUCAUCAAGAAGAGAGAGAUUUCCCAAGCAUGUCCAACUUAUCCUGAAUAGCUCAGUUGGUUAGAGUUUGGUGCUGAUAACACUAAAGUUGCAGGUUUGAUUCCCAUAUGGAACAGCCACCUAUUCCUGCAUUGCAGGGCAUUGGACUAGAUCAGGCAUGUCCAACAGCUAGAUCGUGAUCUACCGAUAGAUCACUGGACGUCUGUGGUAGAUCACUGGCUCCCCCCCAAAGAAGCUCAGCAAGUUUUGCUCCCCUAAAAAAGGACCUGAACCCCAAGAAACAGGGCUUUCCUUUAAAAAAAACCCUCAACAACUUAUACCUGAACCCCCCAAAAAGGGGUAGAUCACAGCCCGUUUGUGAGUAGAUCGCAGCCUCUUGGGAGUUGGCCACCCCUGGACUAGAUGAUUCAUAACACAUGUGGGCAACUAGACCAUGACAGUUGGCACUCAACACAGCAAUUCCAGAGCUGCUUGGAGUACACUUGUGGGUCAUGCUGGUAACUGCCUACUUUGUGUUGUCUGUGUGUUUGUUCCCUUUUACUUUUUUGGAGUUUGGGAGUAAGUAGAUUCCAUGAUUUUUGUGGAGCUGUGGAUUUCAAUUCACUUUUCGGGCAAAGCUAUAAAUAGGUGGUACUGACUGUUCCCCCGGGCCUGGAAGCGAAUUGGCGCCUCUCUCUCCUGCCUGUAGUUCAGCUUACCUUGAUUAAUCAACAGUUUCCAAGCUCCAUUUGUUUAUUUGUUUUUAAAUGCUAAGUGAUUUGACCUUUGUCUUUAAAGAAAGUGUCCAGGGUGUGGCAGUGAGCCCUCUUGGCAAAGUGAAUAGUGGCUCGAGUUCAACAGAGGGCACUAAUGGCUAACAACUUGCUUUGCAGAUUCCUGUAGCUAUGGAAUUCAAGACAGGGUGACUGAAGGUAUUAGUAUUAGACUGCAGUUGAGCCAGCUGUUCCACCCUGACCGCAAGCGCUUUGCUGUUCAUUGAAAUGGAGGGAGGAAGCCUGGCCCACACCUGAUAGCUAAUAGGGAAGCCCUAGUGAGUUAGACCUUGGCACAUGUAGAGUAGCUAAGCAAAGGUGUUUGCUCACACCAAGCAAGGAAUUUACCCCAGGUCAGACUAGCAGUGACUUUGGAUGUGUUCUGCCCAUCCCAUCCAAGUAUGCAGUGCUCACUUUGACUUAUCUGGAGCUACUUGUUGAGCAAGUACCGGUAUCUCUGUGGGGCACCUGCUUGUGGCAGAGGAGGGUCUGGACUAUGGCACGAGUAGUGGGUAACCUUGUCUUUUAACAGGGAGUUAGACUAAAUGGUGUUUUCAGCCUUUCCUGCUAGUACAGACUUAAAGCAUGGCUAUUUUCUCCUAUUUUGUUAAUCAGGUUUUUGUCAUUCAGGGAGCUCAGGAAGAGGAAUACGGUGUCUGCGAGAACCUGCGAAAGCUGGAGAUCACAGGAGUGUCCUGUCGAGAUGUAUAUGCCAAACUGCUCCACAGAUACCGGCACAUCUUGGGACUCUGGCAGCCAGACAUCGGACCGUAUGGGGGGCUGUUGAACGUAGUGGUAGAUGGCUUGUUCAUUAUUGGCUGGAUGUACUUGCCCCCACAUGACCCUCAUGUGGAUGAUCCAAUGAGAGUCAAGCCGCUCUUCAGGAUCCACUUAAUGGAAAGAAAGAGUGCCACAGUGGAGUGCAUGUAUGGCCACAAGGGACCCCACAGUGGGCAUAUUCAGAUUGUGAAAAAGGAUGAGUUUUCAACAAAGUGCAACCAGACGGAUCACCACCGAAUGUCAGGAGGAAGGCAAGAGGAGUUCCGGACAUGGCUGCGAGAGGAGUGGGGGCGGACUCUGGAAGACAUCUUCCAUGAGCACAUGCAAGAGCUCAUCUUGAUGAAGUUCAUCUAUACCAGUCAAUAUGACAACUGCUUGACAUACAGACGCAUCUACCUCCCUCCACGGAGUGCCAUUGAUCUCAUCAAGCCAGGCCUUUUCAAGGGGACAUAUGGGAGCCAUGGUCUUGAAAUAGUCAUGCUCAGCUUCCAUGGAAAAAAGGCCAAAGGAACUAAAAUCACAGGUGACCCUAACAUCCCAGCUGGCCAGCAGACAGUGGAGAUUGACCUGGCGCAUCCCAUCCAGCUGCCUGAUAUUGAAAACCUGAGCAAUUUCAGUGAACUCUCCCGCAUUGUCCUGGAAGUGCAGGAGCAGGUGCGGCGAGAGCAGCAGCAGCAGGAGGAGGAGGGUGGCCUCCAAAAGGAGCACCAGCCGCAGGCCCAGGAAGAGGAGGAGGAGGAGGAGCCACAGCCAGGCCCCUCUCGGCAGGAAGCAGGCAGAGGAGCCGAAGGCCCUGCAACUGAAGAGGGAGCCAUGGCCCAGGACUCUCCCCCAGCCUCAUGCCCUUUUGUGCUGCCUGGUGGCAUUGCAUCCAGGAAUGAGGAUUACCCCCGGACCUGCAGAGCAUGUUUCUACGGCACAGGGCUCAUAGCUGGGCAUGGCUUCACCAGCCCUGAGCGAACCCCCGGCGUCUUUGUCUUGUUUGAUGACGACCGUUUUGGCUUCAUCUGGCUGGAGCUGCAGUCGUUUAGUCUCUACAGCCGCAUCAAGGACUCCUUCCAGAACGCAGGUGCUCCCUCGCAGGAGGCUUUCGACGAAAUGUUGAAGAACAUCCAGUUACUUACAUCAUGAUGGCGGCUUCUUCUGGCAGCUGGAAGGGGGGGGAUCACGUUUUCCAUCUUGAGGGGCAAAGCACUCAUCCUUGGAGCCACGAGAACUUGAGACAGCCAGCACUUCUCAAGGAGGCCUUUUUACCAAAAUGAAAACACACACACACGCAGCUUAACACACAAAUGAAACUUCCACAGUAUAUUAUGCAUAGUUUGCAACAUAGGUCUGUGUAUUUGGAGGACAGCUGGCCAAGGCAGUAGCAGCUUAGCAUGCUUGCUUUUCCUUUCCUGCCCCCCUGAAGUUUAGUGCUUGAAUGGGGACAAACCAAAGCCAGCACUUUGCAGGCAGUGUAAAUAAUUUUGUGUGUGUGUGUGUUUUACAUGAGCCGCUGCUGCUCGGUAUCCUCCCUGAGCCAGGAAGCUGUUCUCCAACAUGGCUCUGCAGCCCAGGGCUUAUUUUCUGAACAUGCCUCUCUCACUUAAGAAUCAUGUUAAAAAUUGUGAUCUGUGGGUAACUGCCACGAGACCCAGAUGUUAAUAUGCCCCUUUGCUUCUCUCCAGGAAGCUUUCCUUUAAAUGUGAGAGUUCUGACUGGGCAACUCUGUCUGUGUGAGUGGGGUAUGCGGGGAAAGGGAGAGAGACCAUGCAACAAACACAGCCUGGUUGCCUCUUUCCUAACCUUUUCGCAGGCUCCUUUGCAUUCCUUUCUUUUCCACCUGCUGUAGCAGGAAAUUAGAGUCGGCAAAGAGACCUCUGGAGCAGUUGAGUAGGAGGUACCCUUGCUGUAUAUUCUCUUAUUUCCCCCCAUGUCUCUGAGCCCAUCAUUUGACUUGGAUAAGAACUUUACAGCAUUAUGUGGCUGCAGAUUCAGCCCUGUUGAUAUGAUGAUGAUUAUUAUUUAUUUUAUUUCUUGAAAAAUUAAGUUCCACAACACACUAGAUGCUCUCUCCUGUUUUCUCCCUUCCCAUGCUGUUCAGCCACUGUGCCUCUUGUGUGGGGGUUUGACACUGGUGCCCAGGCCUCCUUUUCCCGCUGCUCAGCAUUUGCUGAAGGAGUAGAUCCUCAGAAAAGCUGCUGGGGUUUUGUUGACAGGAAUCAAGAUGGCUGCCGCCUUUGGGCACUUGUAAGUGGGUCCUGCCAAGUUCUGGCCUUACUUGGGCCCAAGCCACCUAUUCUUGGGAGAUGUAACGUUUCUCCCUUCAUGCCAUGUAUGCACUACAAAAUGCAACCAAUACCCGGUGCCCUCAUUCCGGUUUGCACCCUUUACAAGCCUUAUGAGAAGCUGUGUGAUUCUCGUGCAAUUCUAGGAUUUGUUCUGUAAUUUCCCUUUACUCUACCUAGGGAUCCUUCAUGGGAACAACCUCCUUUUAAGCAGCUGGAGCUUGCAAAUAUAUGUCUAAUUUGCAGAAUCUUUGUAUUUCUCGCUUUCUUUCUCCUUUGCCCUCUGGCCCACCGUUACAGUUUUGGAAAGCUUUCCAGCUCUUCUUCACACCCAUCCUCUGCAAAAUACUCAAGUCCUUCAGCCACCUGGAAGGGAAGCUGGGAAAGAAGAAUGACCGACCACCAUAUUCCCAUGAAAUCGCCAUGGAGAGUGUCCAAAACGGACAGCUCAGACCUUGAAGGAGCAAUACAUCAACCAUUGCACUCGCUUACCACACCACAUUUCAUGCAACUUCUUCUGGAGUCCUCUUGGGUAUCUUUGGAAGAUGCUCCAGCAGAAAUCCCUUUGGUACCCCCAAUCAUAGCAUUGCAGAAACUAUAACAUGAACAACAAAAAUUAUCUUUCCGUGCCCAUUGUUGAUGUUUAUCCACUGGGAGCGAAGAAUCUGCUCUUUGCUUUUUUGCAGCAUUGUAAUCACUGUAUAUAAUGCAUGUCUCUAGUUACUGUAGCAUUACAAAGGGAGAAUUGUCAUCUUUCUGUAUGAGCAAGGAGUGUGGUUGGGCAGGUCUGACAUAGCCCUUUCUUGGGGGAGAUGCUUCUUCAUUUUCUACAGCACCAACAGCAAUAAAUCCAUUAUUUGUAGUAUCAGGGUCUCAAAGCUACACUGCAGCCAGAUUUAAACCCAUGAAUUCAAUCCAUUGAUGAGAAGAGGAUGAAAGGGAGGUUGAGGUCUGGACUGUGGGGGGUGGGUGGGGUUGUCGCAAGUUGUAAGGAGAGAAGACAAAGCCAGAUCUUGCUGGAAACAGGUAAAAGCCUUCAUCGACCAUGCAUGAAGCAGGUAGCCACGUCUGGGGAAACACAAGAGGAAAGUGAAAAUGCAUGGAAGGAGAGCCUCAAGGGACAAGGCUAGAAUUCUUGAGAUCUUCAUAUCAGUGCAGAAGGGAAUCUGCAUGCAGAUUAGAGACUGCUGAACAUGCAGGUUGGCUGCAAGAAGUUUUUAUAUACUCUGUGCAGGCUCGGUAGGAAGCAGGCAUUGGCUGUAGAGCCAGAAACAGGUGCUCUGGGAGGGCGUAGGAAAGAAACCUCUGUCUUCUGCCAUAGGCUGAAUUGCCCACGGGGCCGUCGUUUCUUGUAAACUUUCUUCACGCUUUUUCAACAUUCUGUUCUCCACACUUGUUUAGAGGUUUGCUUGUACAAAAGGAACAGGACUGGGUAAUGUGAAGCACAAGACCAGAUUACCAGGAGGUGUGGAAAUGAUUUGCUUGAAACCAGAAAGUGUCUUCCAAACUUUGUAGCAGAAAUACAAUAAUUGGUUGCAUUUCAGCAAGUUGUACAAGUGGUGAGGAAGGUCUGUGUGUGUGUGUUUUUUGCUUGCUUACUUGCCUCCCGCAGCUGCCCUGUUAAUUCACAUUAUAAAUGAGCUCCAGUCUUGAUUAAGGAUUGUUAAUGAUGUGUUGCAGUUGUGCUGUUAUUGAUCAACCCAGGCGUGACUACUAAGCUGCUCUUACAGUAUGUGUGGCAGUUGGCGUCUUGACUCCUCAGUCCUUGCCUGAACCUUUUGCAAAUGGAGCAAUUUACGUAGCUUGGUCUUUCUGUGAGAGCUGAUGAGUGGAUAAAGGAGGCUGAUUCUGCAGUUUCACAUGCCAGGAAGUGAGAGGGAGCAUACAGCCCCAUAUAGCUAGGCCCACAGGUGGGUCAGUUGGGACCAUGAGCUAGCAACAAUAAAAAAAGUGAAAAUCAGAUGUAAUGUUUAUCUUUGUCAAAAGGGUACAAUGAGAGCAGGGGGUGCUAAAUCCUUUCUCUUCAUUGAUUUUUUGGAAAGUAACUCACUUCUGUAGCCCACCCCUGACUAUCACCUCUGGAUUUGGCCACGGGUGGGAGUAGGUAAGUUGGUGGAGGAAAGGGGUAACUUUGUUCCAUUUUGGACUGCCACUCCUGCUACUCCUGCUCCCAUUGGACUCAUU